UCCGAUACCUGAUUGUUUGUUAAUUUGCUGGAAUCGAGUUAGCAGCCGGAGAUCUGUGCGGCGUGGGUGGUGUGUUUAUUAUGUGGAACAUAUUGAGGAAAUGAAAAUCAUAAGCCUUUAAUGUGGCGAUAGAGAGAGGAAAGUUUAAGCUGAUGCAGUUUAGCUGAUUGAAUGAGGAUUUUGGUUGGUUAGGAGUUUGGAUGAUUUUAAUUUCUUUUGGUCAAGGGGAUUUAUCUUAUUUAUUUUUGGAAAUUAAGGAUCACGUGUAAGCCGUUGUUUCCGGUGCAAUAAAUUAAAUUACGCACAACUUGAUCAUGGCUCCAGCAGCAGCGAUUAAGCCUAGAGAUGUCUGUGUUGUUGGUGUUGCCCGAACACCCAUGGGUGGUUUUCUUGGUACACUUUCAUCAUUACCGGCCACCAAACUUGGAUCCAUUGCUAUUGAGAAUGCUCUGAAAAGAGCAAAUGUGGACCCAUCACUUGUACAAGAAGUUAUCUUUGGUAAUGUGCUUAGCGCAAACUUAGGACAGGCCCCAGCAAGGCAGGCAGCCUUAGGCGCUGGGAUCCCCAAUACUGUUGUCUGCACAACUGUCAACAAAGUAUGUGCCUCUGGAAUGAAAGCAAUCAUGCAGGCAGCCCAAAGCAUUCAGUUGGGAAUCAAUGAUGUUGUUGUGGCAGGUGGCAUGGAGAGCAUGUCAAAUGUCCCAAAGUACCUGGCGGAGGCAAGGAAAGGAUCUCGACUUGGACAUGAUUCUCUUGUUGAUGGAAUGCUGAAAGAUGGACUUUGGGAUGUAUAUAAUGACUGUAGCAUGGGGAAUUGUGCUGAAUUAUGUGCUGAACAACACAAUAUUACCAGAGAGGAACAGGACAAUUAUGCAAUCCAAAGUUUUGAGCGUGGGAUUGCUGCUCAAGAUGCUGGCGCCUUCACAUGGGAGAUUGUUCCUGUUGAGGUGUCAGGUGGGCGAGGAAGACCAUCUACAAUUGUUGAGAAGGAUGAAGGUCUUGGGAAGUUUGAUGCUGCAAAGUUGAAGAAGCUGAGACCCAGUUUCAAGGAAAAUGGUGGCACAGUCACGGCUGGUAACGCAUCCAGCAUAAGCGAUGGUGCUGCUGCAGUUGUAUUAGUAAGUGGAGAAAAGGCACAGUCGCUUGGGCUUGAAGUCAUCGCAAAAAUCACGGGAUAUGCUGAUGCUGCUCAGGCCCCAGAAUUAUUCACAACUACACCAUCUCUCGCAAUACCCAAAGCAAUUUCAAAUGCUGGUUUAGAAGCGUCUCAAGUAGAUUAUUACGAAAUCAAUGAAGCCUUUGCGGUCGUAGCUCUCGGAAAUCAGAAGUUAUUGAAUCUGAAUCCGGAAAAAGUUAACGUACAUGGUGGAGCUGUAGCACUUGGCCACCCUCUUGGUUGCAGUGGAGCUCGUAUCGUGGUUACUCUUUUGGGGGUAUUGAGGCAGAAGAAAGGAAAACACGGUGUUGCUGGUGUUUGCAAUGGAGGAGGAGGUGCCUCAGCCCUUGUUGUCGAGCUUGCAUAAUCUUUCAAUUUUUUGAAAUUUGCACGGGGCAGGCAGGCAAGCCAGCCCGACUAUCCUACAAGGAAGGAAGGAAGAGGGAGCCAAGAGGAGUUGUGUGUGUGUAUGUUUGUUUAGACGUUGUUUUGUUACCUCUUGCUAUGCUAUGUGUUUCCGUUUGAAUAAAAUUAGUCCAGUUGAGAAAAAUAGGAGACUGAGAUGUUAGUGAUUAUUGGUGUUGUUUUCGUUUUAUCAUCACCAUCUUCAAUCAUCAUCAUUAUUCCAAAAAAUACCCUAAUGGAUUUGAUAGUGAGUCUCCUCCUCAGGCCAAGGGGUGUGUGUGAAUGGCGCCAUUCAACUCUUGUUAAUAUUAAGGUAAACUUGAUUGGAGUUUGAAA